GCUGUUUCUCGUUCCUCACCAACGAUUGAAAUCUACAAGAGGCCUUCGGAAGAGACGAAGGCGGUGACCGGCGCUGCUGCUGGACGAGACACGGGGGCCGAUGCGACAGAUUUGCGGAGAUAUUACACAACAUAGACAAUACUACAGUAACUGAGAAAUAGUAUAAGAUUGAGUGUAGAGUGGACAGACAUUCCGCCUAUUCCUUCUUCUUUUCUUCUUUUUCAAUCCCAUCUCGUCUUUUCUUCCAUCUCGUCCAAUUCAUUCAUUGCAUCGAGUAAUGUUGGUGUCGCCGACUGCCGCUGCAACGUCCAUCGAACAGCAAACUAUUCGAGAUCUCAGAUCAAUAGUUCCACAAAUAGACAAUUUAAACGAUGGUUAUGUGCUCCGCUGGCUCCGUGCAAAAGAAGGACGAUUUGAUGAAACUGCUGAAAGCUUAAAGAAGCAUGUGACAUUCCGUAAUGCUUGGCAUCUUGAUAAAAUUGAACAAUGGACUCCUCCAGAAUGUCUAGAAAAAUAUUGUGGUUAUGGAUUGCUGGGAGACACAGAAGGACGUCCAAUCCUUAUGUCACUGUUGGGAAAUGUGGAUGUUGAAGGACUUUUGAGAUCAGUUGCUUCAUUGGAUUAUAUCAAAUUCUCAUUGGCUGCAAUUGAAAAAGGAAUGAAACUUUGUGAAGAAAAAGCAAAAGAGUCCGGCCGUCCAUUCGAACAAAUGACAUUAGUCUUUGAUUUGGAAAAUAUCACAUCUGCUCAUUUUUCAUGCAAACAGUUUGCUUCAUCAUUUACAACUCUUGUCAGUCUUUUCCAAGAUCAUUACCCAUUGUUUCUUCGGAAGAUUCUUAUUAUCAGAGCACCAGAAAUGGCUAGAAUUGCGUACGCUUCUAUUACGGCAAUUCUUCAAGAUCCGAUCACUCGCCUCGUGGAAAUGCCUUCCGAGUCUGAUUGGAAAUGGUCUCUUGCUCAAAUCGUAAACCUCGAUGCAUGGCCAAUGUAUUGGGGAGGUAAUCUCGUCGAAAACGGUGACCCAAAAUGUCCGUCACGUAUCAAAUACGGAGGUGGCGCUGUCGAUGAAAGCUAUUUCGUGGAUCCAAAAAAGGCGAUGGCUGACUACGAUCAAUUGACUACAGUUUACGCAGGAGAUAAACAUUUAAUUCAGAUCAAAGUGAAACGUCCAAGCCGGAUAAGCUGGACCUAUAUGACUGAUGAAGAUGACAUUGGGUUUGAAAUUCAUUAUGAUAAAACAGGAUCAUGUGAUAAGUUAACUGAAAUGGAAACUGUUUAUCCAUAUAUUCGUCUCGAAUGUACAAAUGUUCCAAUCACAGGACAUCUCGAUGUGACUGAUGUUGGAAACUAUGUUCUCGAAUUCGACAACUACUAUUCGUGGUUCUCUGCCAAGCAAUUGCGCUACAAUAUUGAAAUCGAAGAUUUGUAAAUUCUAAUGUUAAUCGGAGGAUAACGCUGAUAAUAAUAAUGUAUAAUUAUUUACAAUUUUCAAAACUAAUGAUUAUAUUAAUUUUAUAUAAAGAUCACGCUUUGUAGCUAAUAAGACUAUUAAACAGAUCAUUA